CUAUUGCCGCCUCGGAUACCACUUGUGAUCACGAUACAAGUUAACAACACCCACAGUCAUCGAAAUCUCUAUCAGGAUUACAAGUACCUAGCCAUGACACCAAAAUCUGUGCUCUACCGUCUAAUCACGGACGAGCCCGACUACGAGGGCAUCGUCAACAAUUUCAUCGAUCAUGUGCGAUGUCGACCGGAGGAGAGUCAAGCCAGAGGACAAUCUGUCCCCUCCCUUACCCCACUGCCUGAUUUCGAGUGGCUUUCUCUAAAUCACACAAACCAACCGUCCAGCUUGGCCCACUCGGUCAGAGAUGGAAAGCUUCGCGAGCGAUUUUCCCUCUUUCCAAUGCUGCCGGCCGAGCUCCGACAAAAGAUCUGGAAGAUGUCGGUUGAUCCAGUUCUGGUCACCGGUUACCUCACAGCCCCUCGAGGUCUGAUCAGCAAUUUCGUGUUUCUAAGCAACUACAACGGUCCCGGAAACCGCUUGUUCCUGGGGACUCGAGACCACUACCGGGGAAUUAGACUCUUCCAAAUCAACAGGGAGAGCCGCGAGUUGGCUUUCGUGUACUGGGGAAGCCCGCUUCCUUCGUCGCAAAGGGAGCUUCCCACCUAUCUAUUCAACUCAUACACCGACACCAUGGCUAUUCAGCUGAGCUACUCCCACCGCUCUCGUAACAGAAAUAGUCGCUCCGAGAUCAUCUACGAGUCUUCACCCUGGCAGGGAAUAGGUCGACCCAACGUCGCUUCCCUGGCGCCUACUGCCAUGCUGAGCCGGAUUCACCGAAUCCAGCUCCAGCUCGACCGCGUCGAGGACCUGCAACCCGGCGGCUAUGACUGGACCAGCCCCGGCGCAACCAACCCAUUCACCUUUCUCUUCCAUUUCCCCAACCUCCGCCACCUCAGCUUCGUCUUCCGCCGCCCCCGACUCAUCGACAUUCCGCAAACCACAGAAGGAAUAACCGUAAUCAGUGAAAAUUGUGUCUUGCCCGUCACGGAAGCCGUCAAGCUCUACGACUACUACCACCUCGAGACCAUCCAGUGUCUUCACAGCUUUGUCCGCCUCUUCCAGGACCGCAGCACGCAAGACGAAGUCAAGACGGCGCUGCGCAACCUCCGCACCAUCAGCAUCACGGCCAAUCCGAUGUCCCUGAGACUCGAUCCAUAUUGGCUUCCCAACCGGCACAUGCACGCACGCAUAGCCAAGAUCCCCAAGGGCGUGUCGCCGCUUGCUUGUGCGAAUGACAAUAACAGUUUGGAGGUGGUGAGCCCGGAUGUCCCUGGUAACCUAGGCUCAAAUGGGUCCAUGCUUGAGGUCAAUGAUCUGGUUUGGACUGUUUAUAACGCCAUGGAAUCGGCGUUAGCCGAGCCCGGACCCGGGGGCGUCACUGUCCCUCUGGAAGACCAAGAUGGGUUUACCUCCUCCGCAUCCCCUGAUCUCGGUAUGUCCUAAUUUCAUAAAAGGGUUGAUGAGUAAAAGGGGGGGGGAUACUGACCGCUGGAAAUUCGUUAGAAGAUUGAACUGAAGCAGAGCACAGAGAGAGGUCUCCUGAAAUAUCUGUUCAGGGUUGAGAGCGUGAGUC